AUGGCGUCGGAUCUGGACCAACUCAUUGAAAUGGGCUUCGACCAAGAGCGCGCCCAGCUCGCAGUAACGAAGACUGGCGGCUUGCAAGGUGCUCUACAGUGGCUAGAGGAUAACCAAGACAAGUCGUUGGAGGAGAUUCAGGCACAGUCUCAGCAGACAGGAGACGAGGAGAACCCCGCUCUCCAACCGGGUGAGCAACCGCGCAGCUUAGUGUGCAACGAAUGUGGCAAAAAGUUCCGAGGCCAGUCACAGGCUGAAUUCCACGCAUCGAAGUCCGGACACGUCGACUUCGCAGAGUCGACGGAGGAGAUCGCCCCGUUGACCGAGGAGCAGAAGAAGGAGAGACUGCAAGAACUGCGGGAGAAGCUUGCAGCGAAGCGCGCAGGGUUAUCAGAGCAGGACAAGAUUGACAAGAAGAGAAAUGAAGAAAUUCGACGGAAGAGCACCAAGGAGAGUCAAGAUGCAAAGGAGCAACUAGAGCGCAAGCAACAGCUUAAGGAGGCUGCGCAGAAGAAGAAGGAAAAGCAGGAUGAAAUCGAUGCCAAAAAGCGCAUCAAGGCUAAGAUCGAGGCCGACAAGGAAGAGCGUCGAUUGAAGGCGGAGAAGCAGCGCGCUGAGCGUGCCGGCCUGGCUCCUCCCCAGCCCACUGCUGCCGCAGGGCCUACCUCCUCCGGUCCCACUACUUCCAAGCCUGCUUCUGCUUACACAGAGACACGUCUACGAUUUCAGUCAUCCCAGGGUAAUAUCAUGAAGACAUUGCCUGUGGAGACCACCCUGUUCGAGGUUGCCGCCGCUUUGAAGGAGCAGGAUGGCAUCGAGGUCCAGAGCUUCGUGCAGACUUUCCCGAAGAAGGUAUUCAACAACGAGUUGUUCGGGGAGACCUUGAAGGAACUGGGACUCGUGCCCAGUGCCAGUCUCGUCAUCCAAUGA